GAGCUCACCACGUGCCCAUACACCUGACUUAAUGACAGUUGCCCAUAGCAACCAAGCGUACUGCUGCUCAUUUUUUCAGAGGGCUUUUUUUUUAUUUUAUUUUUUAAAUAUUAGUAAAGUGAAAACUGCACGCUGAUUGGUUGUGCUCUAAAAAUAAAUCACUAACACAGACGUGGAUCUAAAGAGAUUACCUGAGAGGGAGGGGGCACGUCCGGAGGGGAGGAUCAGUGCAGCACCUGCCCAUGUACACAAGUUUUCCUGUGCUUCCACCUGGCAGCCCCACCCCGCAGUACAAGAAGAAGAAGAAGACAGGGAAGAAGAAUGCUCUGCAGAAGACACAUGCCAGGUGCCCCCUUUCUGCUGCUGCUCUGCAUGGUUCCACUAUUAUGCUCAACGAAGGAGACAGCAUCUGUAACCAAACAACCCGAACAAUACUUGAAUAACAAAGACUAUGUAGCUAUUGAGGAUUUGCCAAAAACACUUGCCAACGCAAACAUUUCUGUGGAAUAUCUGUGCACCAGUCCUUGCACGGUGCAUCUAGAUGUAGUGGCUUCCUCUGAAUUUAGAACGGGGAUCGUAGUGUUUAAAAAACGUUGGAAAAAUGAAAGACAUCUCCAACAGAUACGGAGACGGUCAGCCAAAUUGAAGCUUCCAAGCAGCAUAGUCUACAGGGAAGAUUUCUUUAUGAAGAACUCUAUAGAUAUAUACUAUGCGGUAGUUAGAGCCUGGGUUGUACACAAUCUGAAAGUAGGAACAGAAGUCAGACACAAUGAAACAUUGUUCUACGCAGCAGCUAAAACAUACGCAGUGUUGGACAUUACUCCUCCUCACCAAAGACCUUACAAGGAUCAUCACAUGUGCACGUCAUGGUUGUAUGAGCAUUUGCAGUUGAAAGACAAAUUUGUGUGUCCUAUGGAAUCAGGCGCAGUCACGGUCCUUUCAUUUCCACUUGCAUCAAGUAAUGAACACAGUGGUCUUACCAAAAUCUUUGAACCAUUUACAAACAGAGAUCUAGAGAUAAGGAGACGACAAUUUGUCAAGCACUAUCCCAUGUUUACUAUCUCUAUCUGGAUAUAUUUGCUAGAUUAUUGUACUAGUAAAGAGUGUGGAAUAUUUCAUCACGUGGACACAAACAAAAUGUAUGCAACACCACUUGUAUUCCUGACUAAUAAAGGCCAAGUCCAUGUUCAGGUGCAACUCACUGCAGGGGAUGAUAUCGCAAUGGUUUCACAGUUCUAUCUACCACUGUAUCAGUGGGUCCGGCUAGACAUUACAAUUUUAAGAAAAAUGAUUAUAUUAAACACCUUUAUUGGACAAGAAUUAGAAAGUUAUGACAGUCAAUCUUACAGCUUGGACGAGAACAUCUAUUUCGAUGAUACUAAUGGAUACAUGGCCCUCGGAGGCAGCAAGUAUGUGGUCGGAAUCGAUGGCUUCUUUGGACCUGUGAAGUAUUAUCGGCUCAAGGCUCUUCAGAUGGAUCAGAUAUCCAACCCUUUACCGGAUGAUAAGAUUUACCAUCAGAUACACGAUUACUAUAGCAGAUGUAUGCACGUCAGGCAGAUAGUGCGACUACAUACCAGUAUUCUACAGGAUAAACAUGACCUGGAGACUAAGUGUCAAGCACAGAAUUAUUACAAAGACUUGUAUCUAAAAUAUGAAGGUAGACCAACUAGUAGGAUGGUUCCUUGGACACGAGAGGAUAAAAAUAAAUACAACAAUUUGUUUGGGUUGCUGAACACCAGUGAUGGGAUUUCCUGGGAUUUUUUUAAUGACCCAGUUUUGCAGUUUGGAAAACAUUUAUUUGAGGAAACUAUGAAGAAUUUGUCAUAUAGUUUUCUACACCUCAGAGAUGCUGUCCCUAACUUGUUGGAUUCCAGCUGCACCAGAUACCAUAAAGCAUCUUACCUGCUCAGUAUAAUGUAUGAAAUUGGGCUUGGUGUGCCUGCUGAUCCAGCUGAGGCUCUGCUUUACAACCUGGUUGGAGCACAAGGAAAUGAUAGGCUUGCUAUCCUGAAGCUUGGAUAUAAGCACCUGCAAGGAAUUGACAAUCAUAGUUUGGAUCUAGACGUUGCCUUCUUUUACUAUAUGAACGUUGCAAAAAAGACUCCAAAGGAUCGAUUAGCAAGAAAUGCAGAACACGCAUAUGUAGAAACCAUAAGAUUAAUGGAUGAAGACAUAUUAAAAGAGCAGACUAGAGAAAAUGAUGACCUAUUUUUAUGGCUUAAACAGAACGCAGAGAGAGGAGACGUGUAUGCCCAGCACAGACUGGCACAGAUGCUUUUUUGGGGUCAGCAAGGUGUUACCAAGAACACCAGAGCAGCCAUGGAGUGGUAUGAGCGAGGAGCCCUGGAGAAUGAAGAACCAGUGUUGAUGUAUGACUAUGCUGUCCUGUUAUUUAAGGGGGAUGGUGUUCCUAAGAACGAGAAACUGGCCUUGAAACUAAUGAAGAAAUCUGCCGCAAAGGGACAAGUUGAAGCUCUGAAUGGCUUGGGUUGGUAUUACCAUAAUUUCCGGAAAGACUAUGUCAGAGCUGUGAAAUAUUGGAGCAAAGCCUAUGACAAGGGGAAUGCAGAUGCAGCAUUUAACCUUGGAGUGAUGCAUCUAUACGGCACCUACCCCGGGGAGGUUGGUGCCAAUGAAACUCAAGCCUAUGAAUUCAUGUUAAAAGCUUCUGAAGGCGGCCAUAUUGAAGCUUCGAUCAAUGUGGCCCAAUAUUUAAUCACUGGAAUAUUGGAAGGUGUCCAGAGAGAUCCAAGUACCGCAAUACUGUUAGCAAAGUUUGUUGCGGAACAGAAUGGAAACAUUGGACUCAUCAUUCGGAAAGCUGUAAAUGCGUAUCUGGAUGGUGCUCUAUAUGAGGCUUUUCUUAAUUUCAUCUUGACUGCAGAAGCCGGAGUGGAGAUGUCACAGACAAAUGUGGCAUUCCUUUGUGAAGAACAUUUAGCAUUGUCGACAACCUCCUUUGGAGAUAUUUGCAUUUGGAGGUAUUAUAACUUGUCUGUACAUCAGCACAAUCCUUCUAGUUAUGCUUUAUUGAAGAUGGGUGAUAUGUAUUAUUAUGGUGGCAAAAAUCAGCAGAAAGACCUGGAACUUUCAAUGACGAUGUACACACGGGCAGCAAUACAAGGCGAAUCUCAGGGUUUUUUCAAUCUAGCUCAGCUGGCGCAAGAAGGAAUCGCCAUACCGGAGUAUUUGUUGAGGCUCCUUAAUAUUGAGUCAUCUGUUCAUCUUAACAACAAUUCUCUGGCGAUCCAACUCUAUGAAAGAUGUCAGAAUGAAAGCAUUGAUGAUAGCAUUAAUCCUUGCACAUUGGUGCUGCUUUACCUGCAGCUGACUGACGCUUGCCAUUUCAUACUGAAUUCCUCUCUGGUUCGUGUACUUGUGUCGGUCAUAUUGGCUACCUUUUUAUUACAGUGCGUAUAUACUCUGCAAGAUAAUCUUCUACAGUCUAGAAGAGUUCACAAUGUACAUACUUCUCCACCCCCAGAAGACAAUCCCAAUGCUACUGACCUGAGACCUGAGCAAACAGAAGCUUCUGUUGGCAACAGUUUUGUACCACCCCAUUCAGAGACCAGAAACUUAGGCCUGACCAGAUGACAUACAAUGAACAAGGAUGGCCAUAAAGUGAUGACAUAUAGUGCUGAUUUCCUGUCAUCUAGGACCAUUGUCAUAAAGCAAAGUUUUGGUCAGCAUUUGUGAGCCAAAUCCAGGACAAGAACAAGUGGGAAAAAAUGCAAAAAAAAUAAUGGAAAGAAUGUCAUCUGUAUUUUAAGCCACUGCUGGUUUUAGCUUACAAAUACUGAUACAGACCAAAAUACAGUGUAUCAAAGGUACAAUGAGAAUGGUUUUGCAGAUGUGAUCCAAUUUGUGACACAAGAUGUGCUGUCAGGUCGUCUCACCAUCUUAAAUGCUGCCAUCUUUGAUUCCAUUGAUAAAACUGGUAGAGAAUUUCACCAAAACAAAUAUUUUGCUAAACGACACCUCCUUUAAGUUUAACAACUCAGGAGAACAUAUGGCAACAAAAUUGGAUGCCUAUGACUUAUCUGCUUUUGGAGAACUGCAAAUCAAGAUAGCCUCUCCCAACAUGUCCGUAACGAGGUGGGUACUUCAAGUGACAACAUGAAGGAAACACGUCUUUAGCUAACAACCUUGCUUAGUAGUCUGCUGUUAAUGUUGAAUGAAGAAAGCUCUAUUUUUUGGAAUUUGGUAAGAAGUUGGCAACUGCACUGUAGGUAGUGGGGUCUGCUUUAAUAUGAGAAUGUAUGAAGUUACUUUAAUAUUAAGGAUACCAAUGUUUUUAUUGUAAAAUUCUCUACAAUACGAUGUACCACACCUUGCUUUAAUUUUGAAAUCUGAAGGUUAAUCUAAGAUAAUGACAUUCAAGAUGGCCGCCACCUUGGUGACAUGGCGUGACAUGUAUUCCAUUCCCUCACUGCUUGUGUCUAAAAUUGAAUCACCAUCUGCUAAACUGUUUUUAUUUUAUAUGGGUGUUUCCUUACUGUAGAGAUGCCAUGUGUACAUUCAGUGGCCUUAUGGAUAAGUAAUUGGCAAGGUUAUAUACUGUAUGUCCUUCUGAAUCAACUCUUGGAGGACAAUGUAAGGUGCAGCGCUUCUAGUUCAUCAUUUCUAUGAAUUUAAAUAUAUGAAGGAGCAUUUCCGUUUAAUUUAGGAGGAAAAUGACAAAGAAAAAUUGCAGGCAAUUUUCUAGAUAUAUAUGACAAAUUGACAAUAAAGCAGGUUUUAAAUCUUGUCGUGGCCAUUAUUUGAU